GACUCAUUUUCUCACUGUCUGGGAUAUAUAAGCCGGAGGUUGACUUACAUAUAUAUGACAGUGAGCAUCCAUCUGGUGUUGGGUGCUGAUCUAAAAAAGAGAAUUGAAAAUUGGCAAGACGGUACACCAUGGCGUCCAGGUUCACCGUUGCGGUGAUGUUGGCAGCAUCGAUUGCUGUCGCCUCAGCUACCUUUGGCACGGAACAUGUUCACAUAAAAAUUCACCUACCAGCGGAGGAGAAGCAUCACGGUGGGGGAAGUGGUGGUGAUCACAUAGUGAUAACGAGCCCCGGAGGUGGGGGUCAUGGGGGUGGUCACGGAGGAGGUGGUGGUGGGUUUGGGUCAAGUGGACCUGGAGGAUACAGUUCUGGAGGUCCCGGGGAUGACCAUGGACACGGCUCCAGCGGUUUUGGAGGUGGCUUCGGGGGUGGUUUCGGUGGGGGCUUUGGCGGCGGUCACGGCGACGAUCAUGGAAGUGGUGGUCUGGGGUCCGGUGGAUAUGGCGGCGGUGGUCACGACGACGAUCACGGAAGUGGCGGUUUCGGCUCCGGGGGUUACAGUGGUGGCGGUCACGGAUCCUCCGGAGGAUUUGGCCCGAGUAGCUUCGGUGGGUCUGGCCAUGGGGGGGACCUAUCGUCUAGCUAUGGACCUCCAUCAUCUGGUCAUGGAGGAUCGGGUGGGGGCCAUGGGGCGCCUUCCUCGAGCUAUGGGGCACCUUCCUCGAGCUAUGGGGCGCCUUCCUCGAGCUAUGGGGCGCCUUCCUCGAGCUAUGGGGCGCCUUCCUCGAGCUAUGGGGCCCCGGGACAUGGAGGAUCUGGGUUUGGUCAAGGAUCACCUUCCUCAAGCUAUGGUCCACCGGGUCAUGGAGGGUCUGGGUUGAGUCACGGACCUCCGUCCUCGAACUACGGACCUCCACCGAGCUACAGUGGACCUUCUAGCCACGGGGGUGACUCUUCAGGAGGAUUUGGGGGCAGCGGUCAUGGGGGUAGCUUUGGCGGCGGUUUCGGCGGUCACGGGGGUAGUUUCGCAGGUGCUUCAGCCCACGCGAGCAGCGGAAGUUACUCAUCAGGUUCCGGUCUAGGUUCCUACGCAUCUAGUGGAGGUGGAGACUCCUAUUCCUCGGGGGGUCAUGGCGGUGGAGGUUCCUAUUCGUCCGGAGGUCACGGCGGCGGUUUCGGUGGCGAUUCCUAUUCCUCCGGCGGUGGCUUUGGCGGUGCCUCGUACUCGUCUGGAGGACAUGGAGGCAAUCAGGGUGGAUUCUCCGGUUACCAUAAAAAGUAAAAGUUCAGUUGAGGGGAGGAAAUGGGAUCAAUAUCCUGUUGCCUUUCUUAUUUCCAAUCCCUGGGAGCUGGUGGCUGUCAAGCCUCUCUCGAACACAGCCUCGCGGCAUUGAAACAUCCGUUCUCAUCCCAAUGCGGUUCCUGUUUUAUUAGCGCGACAGUGGUCAUCGUUGUGAAAGUACUGCGGUCUUUUAAAUUUCACUGAUCUCUUGUGAAAUUUUGUUCAUCAAUCGAUAUCACACACGCGGGUCACUGAACCAUCAUUUUCUCUUUCUCCGGUCGUAUCCUCUUGCCAAUGCCACAGGUGCACUGUUGGAAAAUUUAUUUUGAAAUUUUUAAUGACCGCAAAUUGGCAGAAAAUUUCUGAACAAAAAUAUUCAGUCAGAGGGUGCAAUUUUUACAAUGAACAUUGCAGCAUUUUUUUUUUACUGUCAUUAUUGUAAUUUACUUCAUCUGGUGCGCUGUUAGAACCCCAAAUUUCUAUUAAAUUGUUCUCAAAUUUUUUAUUACAGAGUGCAAUGAAUAUUGCAUUGACAUUUUGACGUAAAUGUACACUAUUCACAUUUCAGAUACAAUUGUUAAUUGUAUUUUUUGAAAAAUCCGACAUUGGGGUGUUUUUUAGUUUUACUGACGUUAUAUUUGUAACAUAAUUCAUCUGUACAUACUCGUGUUUACCUGUUUGAAUGUUUGUAAUAAACUUUUUUAUUUUUUUUCUAAA